AUGGAUCGCCUAUUCCAAUACUACUCAUCAUCGCAGUUGGCUUUAUUGAAUAGUGUUGAAUUACCAAAAGGUGAUGUUGAAAUGGAUGAUCCAAAUGAUAUUAUGUAUGAGCAUAACAAGGACUGGUUUAAGUUCUUAGAAAUUGAGGAAACCAAGGCCAUUAAGUCAGAGCUAGACCGAUACUUACAAGAUGCCAUUGAGUUGCUGUUGGAUUUAGUUACUGGAUGGCUGGAUUUGGCUGCUGUUGCUGAAUGUUUUGACCAUUGAUGAAGCACUACUGUGAUGCACUGUGGCUGGCAUGACUGUCAUGAUAUUAAGUUUAUUUGCAAUUUCACAUUCUGUUAGCAAUUAUCUGACAGCAAUUAGUCCAGUGUUGAAUUAUUAUUUUUUACUUUGGUAUGUAUGGAUAGUUUUAUUGUUUGUAUUUGAGCUGAUUUUGG